CUUUCGUAUAUAUCAAUUUUUUAUCAUAACUUUAAUACAGGACAAUUUAGAGAGAAUUCGUUAAAUAAAGAGAAUGAGAUAUAAUAAUCUUAGACCAUAUUUUUAUUAAAUAGAUAAUAAAAAUGUCUAAAUCAGAUAAAAAAGCCCGCAGUUUUGUUAUAGAGGACAUGGUUAUUAAGGCCAAGGAAAAUUCUAAAACUUGGUUUAAAAAUGAUGAAAUUAUUGAUAAAAAAUCAAAUAUUUCAGAAUCCAUACAAAAAGUUUCAAAUAAAUCUGUAAAUAAUACUGAUAGUGAGUCUGAAGAUGAUAUUCUUGAUAAUAUUGAAACAAAUAAUAUAAUACACAACACAAUUCCUAAAUCUCAAUUUAUAUCACUUGCUCAUGGUGACAAAACAGUCACUGCUUUAGAUUUUGACCAUGCAGGGUCAAGGUUGGUAACAGGAAGUACUGAUUAUGAGUUAAAUAUGUGGGACUUUACUGGUAUGGAUUCUACUUUACAACCUUUUCGAACAUUGGAACCUGUUGGAAAUAAUCAAAUAACUUCUGUCAGAUACAAUUGCACCGGGGAUAUGAUCCUUGUAACAUCCGGAAGUUCUCAAGCUAAAGUAUUGGAUAGGGAAGGGCACAUAUUUAUCGAAUGCAUAAAAGGAGAUCAAUACAUUGUUGAUACCACAAAUACUAAUGGUCACAUUGCUUUUAUAAAUGAAGGAUGUUGGAAUCCUAGAAACAAACAAGAGUUUAUGACCUGUUCUAAUGACUGUACAUUACGAUUAUGGAAUGCUGACACAGCUGAUAAGAAACAUACCAACUUGUUAAAAAUAAAAGCAAAAAACGGGGCGAAGUCCAUACCCACAGGCUGUACUUUUGAUGGGCAUGGAAACAUAUUAGCUUGUUUAAGUCAAGAUGGUUCAAUUCAAUUAUGGGAUAAACGAAGAAAACUAGUAAAUACUAUAGCUGUUGUGAGAGGGGCCCAUUUAUUAGGCUCCGAGGGAACUUUGACUUAUUCCUACGAUAAUAAUUACAUAGCCACUCGGGCCACUGAUGAUACGCUGAAAUUAUGGGACGUCAGAACAUUAAGUAACAAACCUAUUCAAUCACCUCUUAAACAGUGGUCUAAUUUGUAUAACCGUUUUCCUAUGACAAACUGCGUUUUCAGUCCUAACGAUAGGUUGAUUUGCACUGCGACCUCAUCCGAUCCUAAAUUGAAUAUCUCCGGAAAAUUAAUCUUUCUCGAAAAGGAUUUAUCCAAGGAAAAUCCUAUCGAUACCUCCACUAUAAUAGAAGAAUUGGAUUUAACCUCUCGUAUAAAUAACGAGCAAAACGAAAAUACGGACAAAGAGAGUAGCGACAUUAACGAGAAGUUCGAAACUGACGGUGGAUAUUUGAUAGGUGGUGUUAGAGUCGGAUGGCAACCGCGAUUAAAUCAAAUAGCUUUGAGUUGCACCGAUGGGUGUGUUAAAGUCUUUUACGAUCCCGAUGUUAGCCAUAAUGGCGCUCUAUUAUGUGCACACCUAAAGCGGAUCAAAAGAAAACAAAUAUUUAAGGACGAAACUCCUUACAUUAUAACCCCAUAUGCCCUGCCCCUUUUUAAGGAGACUAAACCCAAAAAUGCGCUCAGGGCGGAAAUUAAAGCCAGAGCCGAUCCUAUCAAAUCUAGAAGACCUGAAUUACCCGUUAAUGGACCUGGGGCCGGCGGGAGAAUAGCGGCUACGGGCGGAACUCUCCAUUCAUUUGUCGUCAAAAACAUCGCCUUGCAAAACCCGGUUAACGAUAAGCAAGAUCCCAGGGAGGCUCUGCUUAAAUAUGCCAAAGAAGCCGAAAGCGACCCUUACUGGACUAAGGCUUACACCAAGACCCAACCGCAUGCUAUUUUCAGUGAGGUGAAUCAAGAUGAAAUCGAAAUAACGAAAUUGCCUAAAGAUCACGAGAAUAAAAAGAUGAAAUUUUAUUAAAUUUACUGUUAAAUUUGUAAAAUAAUGUAAUAUAAUUUAUAACUUAAUUUAUAGAAUAGAAUACUAUCACAGAUUUAUUAUUUU